UCUUCUAAACAAUUUCCUCGUUUGAUUUGCAAUUUUGAUUUAUUAAGCUUUAAACGAGAUGCUCGCGAUAUUUGCACUAAUCCUUGCUACCACGAUAUGCGUUCAUGCUGCAAAUUUUGCUGAAGAUGCAGAUGCCACAUGCAAAUGCUUUAAUCACAUACUUUGCGAAAUGGAAAAAUAUACCCUGGCCCUGGAGAUUGUAGACGAAGAAGAAGAAUUUGUGUUUGAUAAUUUUAUAACCCUCGUCAUAGAAGUUAGUGAAUCGUAUGGAGUGCAUCUCGAUAAAAAACAACUGAAAAAUCCGGAUGGUUGGAUUGAGCGAGUACCUCAAGUAUGUGAGUUUUCCCAAGGAAUAAAGGACGAAAUAUGCUCUGAAUGGUUAAAAAAGUGGACAAACGCUGUGUCGAAAGUAUGUGCUGAGAAACCCGAACACUGCGACGGUAUGUGUAGACCUGGUGAAAAAUCCUACGAAAUCGCAACUAAACAUUUUAAGACAGGAGACUGUAAGACUCUAGGUGGAAACCCUUUCUAGUGUGAGAGAAGUUGAAGAAGUAGAAUAGUUUUCUAAUAUUUUCUAGGCAAAGAAGAAAUAAUGUUGCAACUGAUGCUAUAAUUCUUACAAUGGUCACCUUUAUCCGGUCAAAUGAUUUAUUGCUCCUUGAUGUAUAUUUCCUUGUUAUCUGAAAUAUUUUGUUUUCAUAAUUUCUUUAAUGAUUGAACUGUAAUCUGAAUGCAACGAUGUGAAAACAAAGAAUAAAAUAAAAACAAAAAAAUAUCUGAAAGCUUUCAGAUUUUGUAUUACCCCCAAAGAGGCGUUCUUUUAACGUUUUGCGUGUUA